AUGGACAUGCGUGGAUUUGGUCACUGGUUAAGUAGCAAUGAAAAGAUCGUGCACAUCAACCGGAUAACUGGUGAAGCACAAGCACGUAGUGAAGGUGUAGCAGAAGGUGAACCAGAUGAGAUAGUUGUUGAUGCUCCUGCGGAGACACUGACUAAUGCUGCUGUCCUGUCUGAUGGAUACAAGUUCUCUGUGAGAUUUAGUGAUUCAACUGAGCACAGCACUGGAUCCUCUGUGAGCCCAAUUAAUGUCCCCUUUGAAUGCAAGGUUGACCCUUCUUUUGUUGGGUUUGCUGAGCCAUGGACUGACCAUGCCACAAAGAAAUCCUACUGCCUGUUUCAUCCAUAUUCACCUGCACAGCUGUUGCCGGUGAAGUUGAACCCGAAUGAAGGAUUUUUAUACAUUUUGGUUCGUGCAAAUCUAAAGGAAGACCCAAAGGUGACAGGAUCUGCACAUGCCCUUUUCGUCAAAGGGUUUUACAUUAAAGAAUCUGGGAAAGCUUGUGCUUCAACUGAUAGUCAAGUUAUUGUUUAUGCUGUUCUAGAUAUCGAGUUGUUCUGGAAUGCUAAAGAUUUACUCAGAGUCAGCCGUGUUGACACAAGUGAGAACAAUGGUGUUCUUAGUCGAAUUGUUUACCGGUUUGAAGCGCUAAAAAGGCAAUCAUUCUCUGACAAGGUUACUAUCGUUCUUCCUGCCACUGGUCAGACUGAAGAAGUUGAAGUCAGCUACGAUACAGGAGAGAAGGCAGAGCCACCAUCAUCAUGGGGCCUAACCACAUCUGCUGCUAUGCUCACGUGCAUCAUUGUGACAAUAGUUACUGUUGCACUUUUCAUGAAGUUGCUGCAGAGACCUACUAGACAGGCACCAUCAAGGAACAUGGCAGCAUCCACACCAGCACGAGCAACCAGCAGCACGAGCACCAGCAGCUAA